GUAGUUUCCCAAGGCUCGACUAUAAAUGGCGUCCGUUUCCCUGGUUCGUUGAGGUUUCAUUUCGCAAUUUAUGUUACUGUUUCGAUUCAUUUUAGGAGCAUGCAUGUGCAUGCUCUCGUUUGCAUUAAAGGUUUCCCGUCCAAACGGUGAGCUUUUUCAAGAAACCUUUAGCGUGAAACCGGCAGUUUUUAUACCGGACGAAACGUUCCUUAAAGUUGCGGUACCUUAUGACAAUUCUUACGAUCUGUUGGUUGCGGUUUCUGGAAUGGAUACAGAAGGAUUGGUGCGCAGUCGUCUUGAACAACGGUUGGACGACGAUGAAUCGCUUUUGAAUGGCAACAUUGAAGAAAUUCUCAAUGUUGAACUUCUACAUCCAGGUCAGGACAUUAAGAUUAAUAUUCAAAAACCCGGUUUUUACACUGUCUCUGUUAUGUCCGCCAAUAAGGAUGAAACAGAGGGCUUUGCCAUUGAAUUCAUUUAUCCCGAUGUCAAGAGAAAAUCCGCUCCACUAGUGAAGAUAGUAUUCUCAGCUCCCCUUUUCAAGCUAAACUCUGUCUUUGAGUUGCUGCUUGUUACUGUCUGUUCAAUCUUUGCGAUACGUAAAAGUAGAGAAAGAAACAUCCCUAAAUGGGCGAAAUGGUCUGCGGUGCCUCUGUCUUGCAUUGCAUCUCUUUAUUUAUUGACUCUUACAGUGUCAUAUAUCCGCAACGUUGUUUUUCCUCAUAGCCCAUCUGACAUUAAUUGUCCGCUUGAAGGUGUGGCCAACUUUUUACGUCUAAUUUUUUUCGUAACAAUGGCUACUACUGAGGGUACUGGACGUAAGACCAGGGUGGCUAUUCGUUCUCUAGCUGCCUUCCAAGUUCUGUUCCCAUUCCUCUUUAUCGUGCUGCUUCUACUCGUCACAAUUUACGCUGGCGAAUUGGUAGCUUUGGUUGUGCUGGUUUCCUCAGUACUGGCUUUUGUUGCUGCCGAAGUUCUUCAAUCCAUUCUCAUUGUGAUAAGCUUGUAUCGGCAUUAUAGGCUUGAAAAACGCCAAUCGCGGCCUCUCUAUUCCAAAGCCUAUUACCGACUCUUUGUUCUGUGCAUUUUGCAGAAGCUCACAUCCUGCUUCCUUGGCGGUUUCGCAGCCCUCCUUUCAUCUAACCUGAGACCGUUAAACGCUUUGACUGCGUCUUUGUAUGACAUUUUCAGUCUGCAUACUCUCUACAGCAUGCGUGACAUUCAGGACACUCCUCUGCUUUCUAGCGAAGGUGACGCGAUUACCGAUGUUAAGGAAGACCUCUGGCAACCAGAAGGAAGUGUUUAAGCUCUAUGUUAGCUAAUGUACAAGGAGUGCCGAUAUUGACGUUUGUGGCUAUACACGCACAACAAUUGUCUGUCAUUUUCUUUGAAUGGUUUACUGCCCUUGCUUUUGAAUUGUUGUUAUGAAUUAACGUGUGUUUACUUUCUUCUAUUGAAAUAGUGCAGAAAAGACACAUGAGUUGGUGAAUGAAUAGCCAAACACAUGUGGAAUUCAAAUAGAUUCGUUAUUUUGCUGAAAACGUUCAAAACUUAAUUAAAACUAAUUGUCGGUAGUCUAAGCUUCCCCACUUCGCUUAUGUCGCAUUAUUUCGC